AUGGAUUUAAAUGCUACCAGAUCCUCCAGCACACCAGCGCGGAGGACCUCGAGAUUCUCGGCACCAACUUUCGACUUCGUCUUCUACAUCAUCGCCGCCAAAUUCUCAACCACCAAGGCCGGCGGCCUUCUGAAGCUGCGACCGAACUCUCCCAGAGCGGCCGAGGCGCUCUUUAUGCCCAGCGAGUCCACGAGAGUGGACGAGUACCGUGGUGCCGUGUCCGUGACCCAGGAAGCUUUGAACGACACCGAGAUCCUGUACGCGUGGGACGUCAUCGGCGAACUCGCAUGGCUCGGCCCGUCGGCCCAACAACUCAUUCUGUUGCACAAUUGGGCAUCUACGGUGACGUGA